AUGGCGCGGGUGCAGCCUGGCGGCGAAUGGUGGCAAGAGGGAGAGGACCGGCAGGAGCCGCUAGAAGUGCAUCUCGACCGCGCGGAUCGCGCCCAGGAGGGCGCAGCCUUCGCCGCACCCGUGCGCGGCGGCGUCGGCGGCGAUGCCGACGGCGUGACUCGAGGAGACACCCUGGAGCAGCUGGACGGCCUCCUGAAUGAGGUGGCGAAGGGCUUUGACGGCUGGGACGGCGACGGCGCCUUCAGUUCGGGACGAAGCGCUCGCCGCCGCCGUUCCAAUAGGGUUCAGCCCGCCGCGGCCUUCUCUGGUGACCACGCCGAUCCGGCGGUGGACGCGAAGGAGGAGGAGCACGCCGCACUCAAGCGUGAGAAGGAGGCGGCUGACCGCGAUCGAGCGCGGCGCAGCGCCGUGCGUCGGCGCUCGGCCAGCGGCGUCUUCGCCGAUGGCGACGCCAAUGGCGCCGUGUCGCUGCGCGGCUACGUCGUUUCUAUAACCGCCGGUGGCCGCUGCGGCGGAUGGUGCUGCACAUCGACACUCGCUUUGGUCUACUUCGCUUUCGCCGAGUGGAUGGCCGACACCGCGCUGCUACACUUGUUGGUCGUCUACCUUCCGCUAUUGCUCGUGCAUUCGCUCUCCUUGGUGCACGCCGUUGUCACCUCAAGCACCGCCUUUACCGAGGGAAGACGCAUAUCGGCCGAUCUCUCGGCUACAUCCGGCAACAUCUCGACCGUAGGCUCCUCCAUCACCGAGUGGAAGACCAGGGACACGCUCAACUCGAACUACGCCGACAACUACCUUGUCGCCGGCUACUAUUUCUUCGGCGGUCUUCCUGAGCUGGCCAAUUUUUACUACUCCGGGUUCUCGGGCGCUUGGCCAAGCAUGCGGUACGUCUACUCGGCGACGGUUCCAGCCCCGUUUGUGCACGCGUAUGCGGAGGUGCACAGCGGUGGACAGCGUAACAAGAUCGGGUUCGCGCGUAAUUUGUUGGCCGAGUGGGACAUCGACGUCUCGAGCCCCAAGGAGCUAAUCGAGGGGAGAAGCCGCGUCGCCGAGACCUUCCGAGCUCUCAUCAGCGAGCUGAAACGGCUGCAAAACGACACCACAGCAAGGACAGCGCCUUCCACGCGUCUACCUGUGCGCCUAGGCGAGUCGCAGUGGCGCCAGCGCGUCCGAGAUCGUUCGGCGUCGGAUGCGCGGCGGCUGAGGUUGCGUCGCGUGGCGGCCAGCGUCGCGCACACGUUGCUUCAGGUACUCACCUUCCUGCCGAUGGGCUCGAGCGAGUACGUGGCCACUGUCGCCAUCUCGGGCACCAAUGCGGUGAUGCCGACAGUCAAGUUCGCCAAGUACGACAACCCUCUACACACGCGGAUCCACAUGACGGUUGGCUUCUUCCUUGGCCGGAUGCUCACGCUUGGCACGGUAUUCCUGGCUUACUACGGUUGCUUCACCGGUGCGGACGUCAUCGUGCCGAAGAAGCCGCUGCAGGACCACUUUGCGCAGACCCUGCUCCUGCUGGUGCUAAUCGAGUUUGUGUUACUCAAGCUCGUUGUGCUGCCGCUGUUGCUGCGCCGGCCAAAGGGCGAGAUCUACCUCAAGGUGAUCCACCUCGUCUACUUCCAGAGCCUCUUUUGGAUGCUCAUGCCGUUUCUGCCGUGGGCAUCGGCCCUCAUGUGCCUCUGCUUCCUCGGCGAUUUGAGCCUCGCCCCUCAACAGCAUCGCAAGUCCACGCCAUUCACAUUUCCGCCGCCGUUCUUCCUGCUGCGCUUUUGCUCUAAGGCGGCGGCAGGAACUUCGACUGCCACCCAGGCGCGCAUCUUCCUACGAAACUUCCACGUCGCCUUCUUGGUCUUUGGGCUGCUGUUCAUGGGCAUCUGGGUCUUCCAGGGCACGAUGACGCACCUCAGCAUCGCACGCGACGGGACCGCCGUGACGGGGCCCUUCUGCAACCCCGACUUUCAGGCCGACCCGGUGCCGAUGAUGUUGCUCUUCGUAUACGUGCUCUACAAGGAGAAGGGCGAGCGCGGAUUUCGCGGCGCCGUGCUGCAGGAGUAUGCGGCAGUCCAGGCCUCCUCGCUCAAGAUGCAGAUGGGCGCGCAACAGGUCCGGCUUACGAAGCUCAAGCGGGAGAACGACCGGCUGAAGGAGCAGGUGAAGCAGCAGGUGAACCAGAUGCUCGCCGACGAGCCAUAG